AUGAAUGAUGCCAAACUUUUCACCAAAUCAAAGAGUGUCGAAUUGCAAGCAGAGAUAGAACAGGCGUUUAAAAAGUCGAAACCAGUAAAUCGGAUCAAGGUUGUGCUCCGAAAACUUUUGGCAAAUGUAAUACUAAACAACCAUGAAAUGGCAACCUUAAUGAAAGACAUGAUACCUUUGAUGAAGUUGGAUGAUCUAGAGAUUAGAAAAAUUAUUUGUGAAUAUGUGGUGAAUUAUGCCCAUUUAUCGUCUGAUGUACAACAAGCAGUUCCAUUUUUGAACCGAUUCAAGGAUGAACAUUCACCGAUUUUACGAGCUUUGGCUAUAAAAACUAUGUCCUCGAUAAAUCUCCCCGCAUUUAUGGACCUUAGUUUUGCUUCAGUAAAGAGGGCACUUCGAGACAAAGAACCAUAUGUGAGACGAUCAGCAGCAUAUGCUAUUGCAAGGUUGUAUCAACAUGAUCCCACACGUACAGAACGAGAAUCACUAGUAGAUGAGUUAAAUGAAUUGCUCUACGAUAAUGAUCUGGUCAUAAUUUCUGAUGCAUUAGCUGCCUUGAGCUCCAUAACGGAAAAGAGCAAGACGUUAAACUUGGCAAUUGACAAAGCACAUUCAUUAACUUUGAUUUCAUUAUUGAGAAGCGCUAAUGAAUGGCAACAAAUUUAUUUAUUGAACUCUCUUAUGGCUUAUGUUCCCCAGACUGAGACAGAGGCUUUGGAUUUGAUAGAAGCGGCACUUCCAUCCUUACAACAUGAGAAUUCUGCUGUAGUCCUCAAUGCCAUCAAGAUAAUCGUUUACUAUAGCAACUACGCAAGAAAUCCCGAACUCCAUUUCCCAAUUCUUCCCAAGCGUAUUGGUGCGUCUUUGAACUCGCUACUUUCAAAGCCAUCAGAGACUCAGUUUUUAGUAUUGAGGAAUGUCAUUUUGCUUUUACUUGGCAAAAAGAACUUGGUUCAGUUUGAUAUUGAAAUGUUUUAUUGUCGCUUUGAUGACCCCAUCUAUGUCAAAGACACAAAACUUGAAAUUAUUUAUUUAUUGGCCAACGAGGACAACAUCGAGCUGGUUUUGGACGAGCUUGAGGAAUAUGCCACAGAAGUGGACGUUGCGAUGGCAAGAAAAGCAAUUAGAGCAUUUGGGAAUUUGGCUGUUAAGUUGGAGAAUGCAGCUGAAAGAUGUGUGGAGGUGUUGUGUGAUCUCAUCUCGACUGGUAUUACAUAUAUUGUUCAAGAGGCAGCAGUUGUGGUGAAGAAUAUAGUCAGAAGGUACCCAAGUAGGUAUAACUAUGCCGUGGAUGAGCUCACCAAGUAUUCUCAAAUAUUUGAUGAACCAGACGCAAAGGUGUCGAUGAUUUGGAUGGUUGGUCAGUUUUGCAAAAUCAUCCCAAAUGCUAAAAAGCACUUGUCACAAUUGAUGGCUUCGUUUACUGAGGACCCUAUCGAGGUUCAACUCGCAGCGUUGACUGCAGUUACAAAAUAUUACCUCGUGUUUCCACUAGAUGGUGAGAAUCUACUUCUUGAGGUAUUAAAAUGGGCAACUGAAGAGACAAACAAUCCCGACGUUAGGGACCGUGGAUAUAUAUAUUGGCGAUUACUUUCGUCUGAAUAUGCCACCAGCUCCCAAAAUGGGUUCCAAGAAAAUACAAAGGAUAUUGUUUUCAAUCAAGAUCCACACAUCACUUCCGAAAACGAUAGCAUAAACCCGGCAAUUUUGGAAGAGUUGGAGCUCAAUUUCGGCACUUUGGCGUCUAUAUAUCUCAAGCCAGUUCAAAGUGUAUUCAGGUUGGCUAAGCAUAAACAUCUCGUAUGGUCGCCCGCGCUUCAAGUGGAACAACUGCUGACGUCAAAUCGCGAGUUUGCAUCACCUAAACCGCUGUACAUACAAUCGCGAACUUCAAGCACGUCUACAAAUUCAAAAAGAGGGUCACAUUUGAGCAAGCACAAUGUUGGAAAUUCUGGAGACGAUUUUAGUACACGAAGUUUUAGUCCGAAACCACCUGCGAAGGAAAACUUAGGACAGAAGCUAAGCAGAAAGAGCUCAUCUGUGACAGGAAAGAUAGCAAGCAAGAUACUGAACUUUUAA